GAAACUCCUUUAAAACGCAGGGAAAAGACACCACCCCAUCGCACAUCCUGACACAGCAGCGGAGGAAACUUAUAACUCCGGCAGGCAGGGCACUCCCUCCACUGCAGCUCUGUACAUCAAGAAGACAGGACUAAGGCAAAACAAGCUCCUUCUUCUAAAGGUGCCAGAACCAGCCCCACUACAGGAAUCAUCUGCAUUUGAGACCUUCCCCCCCACCACACACACAGACUAAGAAGCCAAGAUGUUGGUGCUAUUGGCUGGUAUUUUUGUGGUCCACAUUGCCACCGUGGUCAUGCUGUUUGUAUCCACCAUUGCCAACGUCUGGAUGGCAGGUACCUCUGCCACGGGAACAAACACAACAGGACUCUGGCUAAACUGCGAUGCUGGGAAAUGCUAUCAGACCGCAUUUGCUGAAGGGGAUAUGCCUUCCCUCAAGGCAGUGCAAGCCUUCAUGAUCCUGGCUAUCAUCUUCUCCUUCAUCUCAUUGGUCAUGUUCGUGGUGCAGCUCUUCACCAUGGAGAAAGGGAAACGCUUCUAUAUCACUGGAGCCAUCAUGCUGAUUUGCUGGCUGUUCAUUUUGAUUGCAGUCUCCAUCUACACAGCCCGAUUCCCACACUACUUCACAGCACCUCGGGACCAUCAUGGCUACUCCUUCAUAUUGGCCUGGAUCUGCUUUUGCUUCAGCUUCAUCAUUGGCAUCCUCUACCUUGUCCUUAGAAAGAAAUAAAGGCUGGCAGGAGUAAAAGGGGUGGGGAGUGGGGGUUAGAAAUUGGGGAUGGGGAGGACGAGGAAUCAUUCAGCUGGAAGAACUGUUUGGCCAAUAACACCAAAAAACACCCACCACAAAUGAAUUCACCAAAGAGAGAGAAACAGCUCCUCCAGUCCAGCCAGCGCCUCCUUGAUCCCUGGGCCCUGAAGUUACAAACGAACUGCCUUGUCCUCUGGCUCUGCUCUCCUUCCUCGCAAAGUCAGGCUGUGCCUUAAGGAACCACCAGACUCCACAUCACCGACUUGGCGGCACCUCAAGGAAAUGAGCGCUGCAUCUUACUCCCCCCCCCAUUUCUCCUUAGCCUGCGUUGUGGGUGCGGGAGUGAGGGAUAAGGCUUUUUGCCCUGAAGAACAAUGGGACAGGCCUUUUGUUACAUUUUUAGAAGGGUUAAAGACAUCAUAUCUGGGAACAGCCCAACUCAAUUAAAUUCAAGUUUUUAAAAAUAUCAUAACUGCAAAUUCAUUGCCAUCCUGUUUCCUACUUAAGAAAGAGACUAAUUCCC